AUGCCGAAGAUUGAAGGAUUGAUACAAUGCUCAGGUGAAGCGAAAUAUACUGAUGACAUUCCUACAUUUCCCAGAGAAGUUCACGGCGCAUUUGUUCUCAGCACUAUUGGUAAAGGCCGUAUCGUAUCUAUAGAUCCUUCAAAUGCUCUUAAACAUCCAGGUGUAAUAGCAUUCUAUUCAGCGAAAGAUAUCCCUGGCUUGAAUUCCUUUACACCUAAAGACCUAUAUACGUAUCAUAUGAACGAAGAAGUUUUCUGCAGCAGCGAAGUCAAAUACUUCAACCAACCACUCGGUUUGAUUGUAGCUGAUAAUCAAGACAUUGCUUAUGAAGCAGUUAAUUUUGUUAAAGUAACUUACGCAAAUCUAGAAAAGCCAGUAAUUGAUGUAGCCGAAGGUAAGAAGGAUCCUGCAAGAAAUACUUUGUACGCAGAAAUCAAAGCAACAACAAGAGGUAACGAUGUUGCUAAAGUUAUCAAGGGAAGUAAUACACUGAAAGCACAGAACUAUUUUACUAUGGAAACAUUAGUUAGUUUAACAAAUCCCAUAGAAGAAGGGUUUGAUGUGUACGCCACUACACAAUGGCCAACAGUAAUUCAACUGAUGAUAUACCAUGCAUUGAAGGUAGAUCAAAACAAGAUUACUGUUCAUGUUCGGCGUGUCGGUGGCGCAUAUGGAUUUAAAAUAUCACGCUGUAUACAAGUAGCGAUAGCUUCCAGCUUAGUAGCAUUGAAAUUGAACCGACCCUGUAGAAUAAUAAAUAGAAUGGAAACAAAUACGAGAGCCUAUGGGAAAAGGUUUCCAAGUUCUGUUGACUAUGAGGUUAGCGUUAACAAAUCAGGUAUUUUCCAAUACAUUGACUACAGUCUGUAUGAAGACAAUGGUUACGGCUACAAUGAAGAAUUGUCUCGGUUAGGUGUCGUUGUGUAUAAUAACUGCUACAACCCUAGUACCUGGAACUAUAAGUGCUAUAACACUGUCACAGACACUGCCAAGAACACUUGGUUUCGGUCUCCAGGAAGCCUAGAAAACAUAGCAAUGGCUGAAAUGAUGAUGGAACAAAUAUCUUAUGAACUAUCAAUAAACCCAAAUGAACUGCGACUUGCAAAUCUAGAUCCUCAGCACAACGAUCUCAGAAAAAUGUUUGAAACUCUAGCUUCUACAGCAGAAUAUACAACUAGGAGAACAGAAGUCAAUAAAUUCAAUGCCGAAAACAGGUGGAAGAAACGAGGCCUCAGAUUUGUAUUCCUUAAAUGGAAUCAUCGUUUUCCAAGAUAUUUUGACGUGAACCUUGUAGUAUACCAGACAGACGGAACAGUCGCAAUUAGCCAUGGAGGAGUUGAAAUGGGCCAAGGCAUAAACACCAAAGCUGCACAAGUAGCUGCUUACAAACUAAAUAUUCCUGUAGAAAAAAUUAUAAUUACUGAAACAAAUACAAUUUCAUCUCCAAAUGCAUAUGUUACUGGAGGGAGUCUUACAACGCAGAAUAUAAUGAUUGGAGUAGAAAGAUGUUGUGACCAACUACUGCAAAGACUAGAACCAAUUCGGAAGCAGAUGAAUAAUCCUUCUUGGGAAGAUUUGAUAACGACAAGUUAUGCUAAUUUUGUAGACCUGCAAGCCCAUGGGUUUGUUGAUAUAAAUGAUCAGCAAGAUUAUUUUGUUUAUGGUGUCACAUUGGCUGAAGUUGAGAUAGACGUGAUUACUGGGGAAAUAGAAGUAUUGAGAGUUGAUGUCCAUCACGAUGUUGGACAAAGUGUAAACCCUGAGCUUGAUGUAGGCCAGAUUGAAGGUGCUUUCAUCAUGGGUCUUGGGUACUGGACAUCUGAGAAUAUGGUCUAUGACCACAACACAGGGGAACUGCUCACUGAUCGUACUUGGAACUACUACGUGCCACUAGCGAGAGACAUACCACAGGACUUUAGAAUCUAUUUGAGAAAGAAGUCGUAUACAUCCAAAAUUAUAUUUGGGUCUAAAGCAUGCGCAGAAGCUCCUAUCUGCAUGUCAGUGUCGAUACCGAUAGCCAUCCGAGAAGCUAUUGUAUCAGCUAGAGAAGAAGCUGGCUUACCUAGCAAUCAAUGGUUCAAUAUUGAUGGUCCAUACACAGUGGAAAAAAUAUGCUUAAAUUGUGAAACCAACACUAAAGACUUCAAAUUCAACUGA